CUCUGAAACGUCUCGCCAGGCGAACGCAAUAGCAAAGCUUUGCUUGCUCGUGCGCGUUUCGAAUCACAUACACGACUCACUCAUAAACACACACACAUAAACAUAUACACACACACACACACACACGCUGCGUGAUAGCCGAGCCACACGCACACGGCAAACGUGAAUGGUGCGCGAGCAAAAUAAAAUUCAAAUGAAAACUUUGUAUUACGAGUAUUAAAUAAUACAUAUAUUGGUAUUAACUAAUCGAACAGCUGUUAAAGUGAAAAAUGAAACACAAGUGAUGUGUUUGUUGGCACUCGAAUAGGGCCAAAACAAAGUCUUAGCCAAUAUCGUCGCAUGUUUUCCAAUGCAACGGUUUUCUUCUGUAUCUGUUUUCCGCAACACCCACAUAACAAGCUACUCGUACUAACGACUGUAGAAACUGAAUAAUUAAUCGAUUCAUUAAGGAAUUAAAGUUGAAACUCUGCUCAUCAUAACUGAACUGAAAAAGUCAGAAACUACUGCAAAAAUGAUCGUACGUCGACGUUCUCGCCGUGCGCGCAUGUGGAACAUGGGAUUCCUCUUCCUGAUCUAUUGCUGUGUGAGCUUCUACUCGGCCAAGGGCGAUGAGAAGGCUGAUAUUCCGCUGGACGUGGGCAGCCUGCCGGAAGCACCUGAUGCAGAUGUUCCCAGUGAAAGUGUAAACACCUCACCCAAUCCUUUUAUGACCAGCGAGCGGAGCGACGAAUUGCCAGUUACCACCACAAUGGCCACGCCCAUGUUGCAUGAAGCUGUGCCCACUUGGCGACCCAAACGAUACAACUGCACUCCUCCGGCUAUCGAGCAAUUUCCUGAGCCGCUGAUGAACAAAUGGGCGCGUCGACAUGGUGGACUCAUCCUCCAUAUUCUGGUGGCCAUCUACACCUUCUUCGGACUGGCUAUUGUUUGUGACGAGUACUUUGUGGCCAGUCUGGACAGACUCUGCGAGGAGCUAAAGCUAUCGCCCGAUGUGGCAGGUGCCACUUUCAUGGCCGCCGGCAGCUCAGCUCCAGAAUUGGCCACCGUUGUGAUUGGUGUCUUCUUCGCCAAGGACGACAUUGGCAUCAGUGGUGUCAUUGGCUCCGCAGUGUUCAACAUCAUGUUUGUCAUCUCGGUGUGUGCAUUGUGCUCCGGCACCGUAUGCCAGCUCAACUGGUGGCCUCUGGUCAGGGAUUGCUUCUUCUACUGCGUCUCCAUAUUGGUCAUGCUGAUAAUAAUCUUCAAUGAUGUCAUCUCUUGCUUCGAAUCUGUGGUAAUGUUACUAUGCUAUGUGGGCUACUGCGUUGCCUUGCAUUUCAAUACGGAACUGGAGCGAUGGGCAUUGGGAUUAAAUCUUCCAUUUAAGCUGCCCAGCAAGGAGGAGCAGUCGGCUUUGGUAACCUAUAAAAAUGUGCCGGAAAGCUCUUACACACAGGGAAGUGGAGGCACACAGCAGACAAAGGAAUCGGAGAUGAGCACGCAGAAAAAACCAGAAGCAGCACAGGGAGAAUAUCAGAGCUACAAUGAUCCCAAUGCCAGUUGGGAUCCCAAUGCUGCCUGGGGUGAGCAGAGUCAGAGUCAACCGCAGCCACUGCCAAUGGUUACCAGUGCUAGAAGCAGCCAACCGCCGGUCGAUGAUUGGGGUAUGAGUCAAUUUAAUCAGGGACAAGGCCAGGAGAAUAUGGGCUAUCAUGGCGAUCAGCCGGACUCGGUGAUAACAGGAGAAGUGGCUGCUGCCACGGCCACGGCCCCGGCUAAGACUCAAGUGGCGACAGCUCCGGUUGGCGUUGAAUAUUACAAGUCGACGGACAGACAGAAAGAGAAUCGGCCGGAUCCCUUGGCCCGACCUACGGAGGGCGGUCUGCCAGCACUGGUGGCCUGGUAUGUGGUUUAUCCGAUUCACUUCUUGUGCAAGAAGACAAUGCCGGAUUGCCGACUGGAUCAAUAUCGCAAUUGGUAUCCAUUCACGUUUCUGCUGUCGAUGAUUUGGAUCUCGUUUUAUUCGUACUUCAUGGUCUGGAUGAUAACCGUGAUUGGCUCCACACUGGCCAUACCCGACACUGUGAUGGGACUGACGUUCGUAGCUGCUGGCGUUUCUGUACCGGAUGCCCUAAGCUCAAUAGCCGUUAUCAAAGAGGGCUAUGGCGACAUGGCCGUCUCAAAUGCAAUUGGCUCGAAUGUCUUUGAUAUACUAGUGUGCUUAGGUCUUCCAUGGUUCAUACAAACGGCCAUCAUUGCUCCCGGCUCGCACGUUAAUGUCAUAUCCAAGGGUCUGGUAUACUCCACGCUCUCGCUCUUCUCCACCGUUGUCUUCUUGAUACUCUCGACCCAUCUCAACGGCUGGAAGUUGGACAAACGUUUGGGCAUUAUUCUCAUGCUUUGGUAUCUGUUCUUCAUAACUCUGGCGUCGCUCUACGAGUUGAACGUCUUUGGUUACAUGAACCCACCAGAGUGUGCCAGCGAAUACUAAAUUAAUGACAACCAAAUUGAAUAGACGCACUUAGAAUCGCAUCACCAGCACCAAAUACAAAUACGAAUACGAAUAUGAAUAUGAAUACCAUAUGAAUAAGUACAUAAAUACACGAAUACUCGUGUGUAUAUGCAGUAUAUAGCAGCAACAACUAUAGAAGUCUCAGCCACAACAACAACAUGAAUAAAUAUAUGUACAUUUAAUGUUAUUGUUAAUGGGGACAACAUUUAUUAGUCAACGCGCGUUUUACAUGGAUUUUUACAUGCACCAAUUGAAUGAAUAUACUAUAUAUACUAUAUAGAUGCAAAGAAACCCAUAUACAAGAACAUAUAUAUACAUAGCAUAUAUACCACUGUAGAUAGGGUGAAAUGUUUUAAAUUAAGUACAAGUAUAAACAAUACAGCAAAUCAAUGGAAUUUGUUGUCACGGUUUAAUGGAACAACACAAAUAGAAAAGGAACAACGCAAAGUUUAUACACACACCUACACUCACACACACACACCUACAUAUAUAAUGUUGAAAAUUUUUUGAAUUUAGGCAAUGAUUUAUACGUUACUUAUAACAUUAUACAUUAUAUAUAUUUAUGGAAUGUUGUUUGGUUUGUAAGUUUCUCCUUUUCAUACGAAAGUCUCCUUAAAUUAUCUCAAGAGGCAAACAACAUUUUUGAGAACUUACAAGUCAUACAAGGAAAUGGAUUAUUUUAGUCACCAGCUUACUUAGUCAAUGAAUGAGAUCAACGAAUUAUGUUUAAUUUGUUAUUACAUAUUUAUAUCAAAUACCCUGUACGAAAAGGAGUCAAAUCUGAAUGUCGCUCAGUCUGAUAGAUCAGUUAAAUACUUAGGUAAUAUAAUAUAACAAAAUAAAUACAUAGCUGCUGGUACAGGUUAUCUCCAGGUCGAUAAUUUUCGACUUGAUAAUUGAUUUUUAGUUCAACAACUUACACUUACAUUUACAUUAAGACCAGAAGCAUUCAACAAACAAGAUAGGACAAGUAAUAUUUAUGUAGAUAUUUUAAAUGCAAUUUACAAUAAGCAAUUACAAAUGAGUGUAUAUUUUGUACAAUUAAGUAUAUAAUUACACAAUAGCCACAUUGAUUAAACGAAAACGUCCUAAGUUUGGCCACAUACAACAACUA